GUCUGCCCGUCGCCGCCGCUGCGCACAGCUGCUGUUGUAGCGCACUAUGCUCACUGCUGCGACUCGAGCAUAGUUCAUCGUCAUAGUGCUCUCCUCGGACGAGCAUCGCUGGCCAUACAGCCGCGUCUCGAGCCUAGAAAGACUCUCAACACAGCAUCGCCGUUCCCGUUCUAGCCAGUCUAUACAGCCGCCAUGAUGAGCGGUGAGCCGCUGUUAGGACACCCCAACGGCGGAUCUCGACACACAACACCACUCACGCGAGUAUCAGACCUGAUCAACGUCCUCCGCGCUCGCAGGCGGAUCGUUCUACCCACUAUCGCGCUCUUUGCGCUCAUCUGCAUCUACACCUUCAAAGGCUCGGACAGCCUCCAGCUAGCCGAGCAACUGCCUUACCUCAGCCUAGAAAACUUCCAGCAUCCCAUACCCGAGCUCAUCAAGGCAGCCAAAACAGAAGUCGAUCGACGGGAGCGGCAACGGUCAAAGUCGCUCAAAGAGGCAGUUCACACCUACAAGGCGCUCUACAAGCGAGACCCGCCAAAAGACUUUGAGAACUGGUAUGCGCUGUCGAUGCAGUUGCACUCGAAGCGAAUCGAUACCUUUUCGGACAUCUAUGACUCUACUUUGCCGUACAUGUCCAUGCCGCCUAGCGAAGUCAGAGCGCGUCAGGAAGCUCUUUCUGGCUUCGGCAACAUCGGUCGCGUGCGCGUCAGGGAUGGCAAAGUCAUCCGCUACGACGCCAUGGACGCAGACAUACGUGGCGACAAUGUCGAUUCGCGCAAGGCUGUAGAAGAAAUGCUCGUCGAGCUUGCCGAUCGUUACAACGUCGUCUUGCCUGACUUUGACAUGCUCAUCAAUGGCUUCGAUCAGCCACGUAUGAUCAUGCAGUAUCGCUUGCGGCGGCAGCUUGAAGAGAGAGCAGAAGCAGGCAAGGUGAGAGAGCUGGAUCCAGACGAGAAAGUCAAUUGGCACCUCAUAGAUCACGAAGACGUGAGGGCAUGGGACGUCAUCAGGCGUUCAUGCCCGCCAGAAAGCUUCUCUGCGCGCGCGAGCGUCAAAGAGCCGCUCGGAGAGAAUCCAGUGAUAAGCGACAGAUUUACUGCUCCUUUUGCCACAAAGCACGGUCAAUUCCUCUACAACGCUUCGGCCGAGAUGGACAUAUGCACCCAGCCAGACCUCGCCGACCUGUCAGCCUCAUUCGUCAGACCGCUGACCUAUGUCUGGUCUGACCAAGCUUUCCCGCUCUUCGGUCAAAGCAAGAUCCAAGGUCACAACGACAUUCUGGUACCCCCAUGGUGGUACUGGUUCAAGAUCUCUCGCUAUCUCGAACAUGAAGAUGUUGCGUGGAAAGCAAAGUCCGAAUCGAUCUUCUGGGUUGGUGCGUCUACGGGAGGCUGGUCACGCGAACACGAAUAUCGUGGCUGGCUUCGCAACCGAGCUGUCAGCCUAUACAAUCGUCCGCACCGCCUCGAGAAGGUCGAGACUGUUGUGCUGUCGCCACAGGAUUCGUCAAAGUCUUUCGAGGUCGACCUGCCCGUACAUCUGCUCAACUGGGCCUUCACCGAUAUCGCAUUCAAUGGUGUCGAUCAAGGCGAUAAAGAAUCUUUGGCUUUCCAAAAAGCCGAGGAGACGUAUCGCUUCACAGAAUCGCGUCCCUAUUCUGCGAUAUGGGCUCACAAGCUUGCCGGUGACUUCGAUGGCACUGCCUACUCGGGUCGAUUCUUGGCUUUGCAAGAGAGCAAUUCUGCCGUCAUGAAGUCUCGUCUACACAAGGAGUUUUUUGAUGACACACUCAUUCCUUGGUAUCACUACAUUCCCUGGAGUACCCGGCUGACCGAAGGCUAUUCGAUCUUUACCUACUUCUUCGGCGUACAGAAAGUCUUCUGGCGGGCUAACCAGGACAAUCCGAACCCUGACGGCGCACACAUCUCGCCAUCAGUCAGGCACAAGUCCAUGUUCGCCGUGGCACACGAUGCAGAGCUGCGCGAUAUCGGUUUGCAAGGACGUGAGUGGGCAAAGAAUGAAGUACGGAGGGAAGAUAUGUGUUUGUAUAUGUACCGGCUUGCUCUGGAAUGGGCAAGAAUCACGAGCGACGACAGAGAAGCUAUGUCCUUCACGUUGUAA